AUGUACAGGAACUCCACUUCUUCACCCACCAACUUUGUCAACGACAGCUCCACUAGCAGCAACCGCAGCCCCAGUGGAUCCAUGAGACGAACAAACUCGAGAGGCUUCGAUCAAAUGACACCUUUGGCGCCUGGCUACGCUCCCAGCGCGGAUGAUGUCAUGGUCGGAAGAGGGAAGCGUUGCUUGGCCCACUCUGGGAAUCUCCGCUUCAAACAGAUUGUAGCUACCAAGCUUUCUUCAUAUCUGGCUGCAGAAUGUCGCGUGGACAAGACAGCCAUCCUCAUGGAAGUGAUCGCAACAGUGCGAGCCAACAGUCCCAAUGGAGGCUUUAUCAAGCAGAACCCAAAGACUGGACAGUUCUUUGAAGUCGGAGAUUUCCUUGCCAAGGAGAAAACAGCUCAAGCUUUCCGCGAUGCGCUUCACGAGUACUACUCUUCCAGCAACCCCUCCAAGAAGAAGCGCCGCAUUCAGUCCACCGUCAGUUCCGAGAAGAAGGCCAGCAGCAGUAACAACAACAACACACAAGAAGAAAGUGGUGACGGUCUCAGCUCGUCUUCUCACCACAGCAAGCAAUCUUUGGUCAAGGCUAUGCAUUCUCAAUACACUCGCAAGGCCAAGUCGGCUCCCAGUAGCCCUAGCAGAGACUGUGACGACUUGGAACCCAUUGCGCUUGUGGCACGCUCAGCAACUCCUCCUCCCAGCUUUGCUCGCCUUGUGACUGUGGAAACCCCCAAGGACACCUCCAAUGAAGAUCAUCCAGGGGCUGACUAUUCUAACGGCACCACACCUCCCGACAGCCAGCAGUCCAAGCGAAAGAAUUCUGCCGUCAUCUUGGGCGACACCUUGGCCAUGCUUUCUUCGGCCUUGAUGGAUACCCACUUUGCUUCCGACCACGAAUCUGAGAGUGAAGAUCCUUUCGAGCCCAUUCCGCUUGCCAUGUACGGGCAGGAGGAUGACUUUGAACCAGAACCUCUCUAA